UGUGACUAUCCAGAAAGCAAUAAGGGAACCGCAUUAAAGGACUUUCGCGUGUCUCAGUUAUCCUGCAACACAGCUCUGCUGCUUGUCACCAUUGGUGUCGCUCUGCUGGUGUCGACUGUUACUGUGACUGCCCUCUGUAUGUACUUCGAUCUGCCCUGGUAUCUCAGGAUGGUGUGUCAGUGGACCCAGACCCGGCACAGGGCAAGGAACAUCCCCUUAGAGGAACUCCAAAGAACCCUCCACUUUCAUGCUUUUAUUUCAUAUAGUGGGCAUGAUUCUGCUUGGGUGAAGAAUGAAUUGCUACCAAACCUAGAAAAAGAAGACCUAAGGAUUUGUCUCCAUGAGAGGAACUUUGUUCCUGGCAAGAGCAUUGUGGAGAAUAUCAUAAACUGCAUUGAGAAAAGUUACAAGUCCAUCUUUGUUUUGUCUCCCAACUUUGUUCAGAGUGAGUGGUGUCAUUAUGAACUCUACUUUGCCCACCACAAUCUCUUUCAU